GUUUAACCAAAACAGCGUAUUCGGCGAGUCCUGGCACGUCGUUGCAAUCUUUCAUCACUAACUAUACCAUGAAGCUGCCGACUGGUGUCCCGCUCCGCCCUUGUGAUGCUAGCCGAGGCACAUCCAUGCUGAAAUAGAAGGUAUUUGACAUACCAGUGGCUGCCGCGCAUUUCGAAACUUGUAUUGCCAUCUCACUUGACUCUCUGUAACUCAGAACGCUCCAACAUGGUAUUGGAGACUAUAUACGUCGUGCGCCAUGGUUUCCGAAUGACCUGGUCGGUAGACCCGUAUGCAGUACGAUAUUAUUCCAACAUCCCCACGCCCACAGGCCUUCCCGCAGAUCCAGCACUCUCUUCCUAUGGCGAGACGCAGGCCGAACAGCUUGGCGUCAAGCUCACCCUGCUCGAUCCGCCCGUAGACCAGAUUAUCUCAAGCCCGUACUACAGGUGUCUGCAGACGCUCAAACCGGGUGUUUUGCGGCUUCAAAAGGAAAGAGGAUACAGAAACGGCGUGCUUCUCGAGAGCGGGUUCGAAGAGUGGUACGGUGAGACGGGCGACCAUCGCGAACAGCCAAGCCCGCUGGCGUACCAUUUGCUCAGGCGCAACUUUUUCCCAGACCUCGAUCUGAAGUGGGACGAGCAGCGGGAGGGGGACACGGACUCGCGGGGCGCCGACGGCGUCGUGCGGCCGAACCGGUACGGCGAGUCGAUCGAGGGGCUGCACAACCGCGUGGCGUACGCGCUGCACAAGACCAUCGAGAGGGCAGAUCGGGAGGGUUGGAAAACCAUUUUGAUAUGCAUGCACGCGGCCGUCAUGAUCUCAAUCGGGCGCGCCCUGACGGGGCGUAUGCCGGAGGACGUCACAGAGGAGGACUUCAAGUGCUUCACGGCCAGCCUGUCGCAGUACAACCGGAGAAAACCGUACCGGACCGCCCGCGACGUCCCCGCCGUGGACGCGUGGGACUUCCGACAGCAAGACAAAGUCCCCCGAGUGCAGUGGGAGGGUGUCGGCGUCAUGGGCGGCUGGGACUGCGUCCUGAACUCGGACUGCAGCUUCCUGUCCGGCGGCGAGGAGCGCGGCUGGCACUUCUCCGGCGAUGAGAGCUUCAUCCAGGACCCGAACGCGUUCAACGACAGGGAAAACGAGGCGAAGUUGAAGCAGAGGGGUGACGCGUCCGAUCCCUCCAACGUCGCCGACGAUCUGAAUCUGAACAGAGCGCUGUGCGUGGCCGUGGCGCAGGCCGGGGACGAAGACGAAGUCGAGGAGGACAGUUCGCGAAGCAAGCUGUAGAGAAGGGCGUGAUAAUGGCGGAAUGCCCUGGGAAGGAGAAAGAGCACUUGGCGUUUUGUGACACCGUCGACGCGUUUGAAAAGAUCACUCCUCCUUUUUUUUUCUCCUCCGAUCCGAUGGAGCUCCUGCUCCCGUCGAGCGAAUUUUCCCACGGAUCUAGAAACUAUAGAAAUCUUUUCUAUUUCGUCUGGCGUUCCAUUACCGGAAGCUUGGGAAGAAAUUAGACAAGAGAUGCACUUUUGGUUCAGACUCAUCCUUUUGACGAAUUCCUUUUGACGAAUUCCGGAUCACAAGUGUCAACAAUUUCGUUUCUUCACAUUGACAGGUAGCCGACCUGACUGUGCCCGGUUCCUUUCAUACAAAUCAUGUUUGACGCUGUCGUCUUUUUUGGAACGGCGCACAGGGCUGUCAAAGCACUGAGGUUAGAAUAGCACGAACUAUGCUGCUUGAAAUCAUCUACCAUUGCGUUGUCAUCAUCAUCAUCAUCAUCAUCAUCAUCACAGAGGGUCAUCUCAUUCUUCUCUCCAUCAUCUUCAAAUACUCAUCCGUGUCCAACCUCUGAGGGACUCCAAAUCUACUUCCCCACUUCUCCAAAAACAAAUCCUCGUACUCGUCGCGCUCUGCCGGCGUCAAGGCUGUCCAGCAGUGGAAGCACACGUAGUCAGCCUCCAUCUCGGGGAAGAUCCAUG